CAGCGAUGUCAGUGGACGGAUAGUCGUGACUGAUAAAGGACAUACCGGUGAAUUUCGAGUUGAAAUUUUUUAAGUGACAUAGUUAAGUGUUUUGUUUGUGUUAAAAAAAGGUUGAUAGUAACAGGUACCAUGGUAGCCCGCCGGGAGUCAGUGUCCGCGCCUGUCAUCCCCCAGUUCUACGCUGGAAGGUCCAUCUUCAUCACGGGAGCUACUGGGUUCAUGGGGAAGGUAUUAAUCGAGCGUAUACUAGCUACUUGCCCCGACGUCGACCGCCUAUAUUUGCUGGUCAGGCACAAGAAGGAGGUCACGCCGGAGAGGAGAUUACAGCAGUUGAUAGAAUCACCGGUGUUCGACCCAAUCCGGGCAUCGAACCCGUCACAGCUGGACAAGCUGUCCAUGCUGGCCGGAGACAUCACCAGGCCGGACCUCGGGAUGACGCAGGAGUCCCUGAUGCGGCUACAGGAGGUGUCAAUUGUCUUCCACUCGGCCGCCACUCUCAAGUUCGACGAAGCCAUGAAGAUGGCGGUGGAACAGAAUGUGCUGUCAGUCAUCAGGCUUUUGGAGAUCUGUGACAGGCUGCCCAAAAUGCAGGUCUUCGUUCACGUUUCGACGGCGUACAGCAACGCUGAACUGUCAGAAGUGGAGGAACACGUGUACCCGCCCAAGGUGCCGCUGCAAAAGCUGCUGGCCAUUGCCGAGUCAGUGCCGGACGAGCUGAUGACUGAGAUUACGCCAAAGUUCAUAGCGCCUAAACCGAACACGUACACAUUCACGAAAUCAAUGGCGGAACACGUGGUACAGCAGCACGGUAACAAGGGAUAUCCUGUUGCUAUCUUCAGACCGACCAUAGUGAUAUCAUCAGUUAAGCACCCUUUCCCCGGCUGGAUAGAGAACCUCAACGGUCCUAGCGGGGUGGUGGCGGCUGCUGGCAAAGGUUUGCUGCACGUGUUCUGCUGUCGUGGUGACGCACACGCUGACAUGCUGCCUGUCGACGUGGCCAUAGACACGCUGAUAGCUGCCGCCUGGGAGACCGCCAUAGACAAGCCAAAUGAAGCGCGAGUUUACAACUGCACGACAAGAGAGAAUCCCACAAAAUGGAUCGACUUCGAGCAAGCGUUGCGCAAGUACCUGGUGGAGUACCCCCUGGAUAAGGCCUUCUGGUACCCCUCGGGCGCGGCCAUUGAUAACACAUACGCACAAAAAGCAAUGGAAUUAUUCACGCAGACUGUACCUCUUCACAUUGUCGCGUAUACAGUCCGACUUCUUGGCAUCAAAAUGCAAAUGAACUUAAUCACAGUCAGCCAUCGACUCCAAGCCAUGAAUAAGGUGCUCAAGUUCUUCGCGCAAAGAGAAUGGGUCUUCCACAAUGAGAACGUAAAGCGAUUGCGGAGCAGACUCACGCCCCAGGACGCCGCGAUUUACAACUUAGACCCUAAAAGUUUCAAUUGGGACGAACAUUACUGCAACUUCAUAAAGGGCACGAGGAAAUACCUGCUGAAGGAGAAGGAACAGGACUUGGAGGAAGCCAGGAAACAUGUCAGGAGAAUGUUCUACGUCCACUACAGCGUGCUUCUCUUCGUCGUGGUAUUAUUGCUCCGGUUCGCUUUAAACAAUAACUUCGUGAGACAAUUCAUAUACGGCGUCGUGAGGACCUUAACAGCUGCUUUUGGAGCGGUGUUUUCGAAAAUCGUUUAGAGGCAUAAAGUUAAUAAAAAUGAGGUUUUUAUUGCAAUUUGAAACCAGAGAGCAUUUAGCGCGGGAAAUUUUGUCUUUGGUAGAUAUAGAGUGACAAGGCUUUUCUUGAAAGUGGCGAAAAAUGAAAAAAAAUUAAUAUACCUAUUGAGGUUAUAGAAAUAAAAAAAUGUAGUUAGGUAUGUAACAUUAUGUAAAUAAAUUUAUAUACACAUUCUCUUAAGCCAAAAGGUGAAUGAAAUGACCUGGUUUUUUUUAAUUAUUUUAAUUAGGGCAUUUUGAAAGAUACGGAAAUGUUUUGUCUUAUAUACAUCUCUACAACUAUCAACGGAAAGUGAAAAUUAGUAGGUACAUAAUUAUAAUAAAGAAUAAGUUAUUAGUUUUGUUUUUAGUCUUGUCUAAAUUUGUAUCCACACAAAUUACUUAGGUACAUAAAAAAUUUGAAACCUCAAUUUAUUAAAAUUAAUUCCGUGACAUAUUUCAUCGUAUAAAUGCUCUAAAUCAAAAGCAUCGCUCAAAUAUAGAAUUAGGUAAAUUAUUGAUCUAUUUUUAUAGAUAUAUAUUGCCAUGGCAAGUGGAAAGAGGUAGUCUCUGCCUACCCCUCCGGGAAAGAGGCGUGAUUUUAUGUAUGUAUGAAUGUAUAUCGCCAUUAUAUAUAUAUUAAAAUAAAGAUUCGUUAUUUAGUUAA